GGAAAACGAUACAGUGUGGUUGAAUUAGCUUUACAGAUAAUGCUAAACACUUAAACUCUUCCUUCAGAGUGGCUGAAUUGAUGCUAUUUUGGAAUUGCUAAAACGGGUUUACAGACAGAGCGAUGCCUGAAGACAACAUGGACACACCGUGUAUGGUUACCUGCACGGCUCCUAUGAAUAUAGCUGUUAUUAAAUACUGGGGCAAGAGGGACGAAGAUUUAAUUUUACCCAUCAAUUCAUCUUUAAGCGUCACUCUGCAUCAAGAACAGUUAAAAACAACAACGACAGUUGCAAUCAGCAGAUCCUUUAAGGAGGACAGAUUGUGGCUCAAUGGCAAAGAAGAGGACAUUUCUCAUCCAAGACUUCAGUCCUGCCUGAGAGAGAUCAGAAGAUUAGCAAGGAAGAGACGCAGUGAAAGAAACCCUCGUUCGACUGAGUCCGUGGGACUGUCUCAUAAAGUCCACAUUUGCUCUGUUAACAACUUCCCCACUGCUGCUGGACUGGCCUCUUCAGCAGCUGGCUAUGCAUGUCUGGUUUAUACGCUAGCCCAGGCAUUUGGUGUGGAAGGAGAGCUGUCAGGGAUCGCCCGUCAAGGCUCAGGCAGUGCCUGCAGAAGCAUGUAUGGUGGGUUUGUCCAAUGGAUCAUGGGAAGCAAGGAGGAUGGGAAGGACAGCGUAGCUCAGCAGGUGGAGCCAGAGAGCCACUGGCCGGAACUCAGGGUUCUUGUUCUAGUGGUGAGUCUGAUUUAUACAUUUCUCUGAAAAUGAUUGUUGACA